AUGCUGCGUCGAAGCCCACUCCUCCUGCGGCGCCGCGGCGCCGGCAUCAUCGGCCUCCCAAAUGUUGGGAAGUCGACGCUCUUUAACGCCCUCACUUGCAGUCAACAGGCGAAAACGGGCAAUUUUCCCUUCUGCACCAUCGACGCAAACCCUUCAAAGGUGCCGGUCGUGGACGAUCGACUCCGCAGGCUGGCCGCCUUCACCGGGGCGCAGAAGAUCGUUGACGUGGAGAUUGACCUCGCGGACGUCGCGGGCCUGAUUGCAGGCGCCUCCAAAGGGGCCGGCCUCGGCAACAAGUUUCUUGCCGACAUUCGCCCAUGCACAAUCCUGCUGCACAUGGUGCGCUGCUUUGAGAGCGCCAAGGACGGCUUCGACACCCCAACACCGCUGGAGGACAUAGUCACCAUCGUGAAUGAGCUGGUGCUCGCCGACCUGGAGGCGAUGGAGAAGUCGCUGCAUAAAUCCAGUAAAACGCGGAAGGCGGGGGAUGCGGCGCUGGUAUUCUGCCAAAGUGUUGUGUCUUGGCUGCAGGACGGAAAGCCUGUCUCAGAAAUGCGGCUCAAGACGGAGGAGGAGCGGCAGUGGCUGCAGCAGUAUCAGCUGCUCUCUGCGAAGCCGAUGCUGUUCGUGCUAAACAUGGACGAGGCGAGCGUCGUGGCGGGAAACAGAUUUGCUGCAGCAGUCGAAGAAAAAUUUGGUCCGGAGCGAACGUGUCGGGUGUCCGCCUCUUUAGAAGAACAAACCUCGCAGCUGGACUCGCGGGAGGAGCGACUUAUGUUUUUGCAAGAGUAUGGCGUGGAUUUGCCGCGGGGGGAGGUGCUGCUGCGUCAUGCCUACCGCCUGCUGCGGCUGCAGUCCUUCUUUACGGUGGGCCCGCUCAUGGCGCACGGCUGGACCACCAAAGCGGGCGCAACGGCAAAGGAGGCGAGCGGGGAGAUCCACUCGGACAUGGAAAAGUACUUUCGGCGCGCCAAAGUGAUGCCGUACGAAGAAUUCUUGUCCAAGCCGAACCUUGCGGCGGCGGAGAUGCAGAUGACGUUUGUGGACGCCAACCAUGUCAUGCGAGACGGCGAUGUCAUGAUUGUUGAGCACAAUGCCCCAUCUUAG